UUAAUCGAUCAACCGACAGUCGCGCGUUAAGUGAUCAUUUUUUGCUGUACGAUUUCAGGUGAUCAGUGAACGGCUAUGGCUAUGGCGGUGGAUGUCCUUGUGGAUGCCCAGGAGGUUGCGUUACCACCAAUUGAAUCUUUCAAAAAUUGCGAAUACCAUGUACGAGUUACUGGAACGACGGAAUUAGAUAAGCGAAUUAUGUCCUUCGUGGAUAAUUUGUGGGGUUUCGAGGUGACGGGAGGUAUCGAUCAGUUUGAACCACUGACGGUGAUAUCGGUGAAACGGGAAGGCCUGGCGAGACGCGCCGGUAUCAGGGUGAAUGAUGUGAUUACCAAAAUCAAUGAGACUUCGGCGGAGAAAUUGACUCUUGCACAAGCCCAGGAACUGAUCGCGGAGUCUGGGAGAACUGUGAAAAUAUACGUGAGAGGCGAUGUGGAAGACGAUAGUGAUGACGACAUGACAGUCGACUUUUGGUUCAAACCUUAUGGGUUUUUCUCUUCAGUGAGUGAUGCCGAGCGGGCACUUCUGGAUUGGGAGGCACGGAUGCGAGCGAACCGUAAUCCGGAUAAAUGGAAUGGGCUGUGGCCGUGGAAUGAUCGCAAGAAGGUGAUCUAUAAGGAAUCAAACUGUUAUAUGGUUCCAAGUGAGGCCGAGGAGAAGCGGGAACGAGAGCUGAAACUGCGUGUAUCUGAGAGUGAAUACAAACAACAUCUGGAAAGAGAAAAGGCAGAGGCCGAGCGUAAAGCCGACGAGAAACGACAAGAGGAAGCCAGACGUAGCGAGGAGGAACGAAGAGCCGAGGAAGAAGCGUUCUUCGCCAAGUUCGAAGCUGAGCAGAAGCGUUUACAGGAGCAAGAUCCAAGGGUUGCAGAGGAAGCUGACCAUUAUAUCGAGGAAUUGAUGCAGCAGAAAGAUUUACUGGAACCCAGUACUGAAGACCCUUAAGAAUGAUAGACUCUUUGUAAGGUUAUUUUGAUUCUUUACUUAGGUUAAGUAUACACACAUUCGAAUACAAAUAAAAUCCGAUAUUUUUAUUUUUCAAAAUAAA